GAACAGGCCUAAUCCAAAACGGACCAAUCUCUAAUUCAAAGCAUGAAACCACAACCAUCCAAGAAUUCUGUAUGUAAUUAAAUUAUUUCAAACCCAAAAAAUAUUUUUGAAUUAACUAAUGACCCAAUGUACAAAAAGUAAUUUUAAGAUAGAAAAAGGCCAAAAAGCACUUAAUUGACCAACCAUGACUCCAAGAAAGACACCACCCUAAAAAUGAAAAAAAAGAGGAGAGAGAAAAUAAAAAAAAGGACAAUAUGAGUGGCAAUUGGCACCUACUUGGCUACUUUUAUCACUCACUAAAAACAGGUAACAGGUAGGGUUUUUAUUACACACAGCCUGUUAUUACUCUCUCUCUUUCUCACCUGCUCUCCCCUCACUCACUCACUUGCUCACUCUUUUCACUUCACUAAUUAAAAGCUCUUUAAUUUCCCUUUUACUUUCUCAGAAAUUUCAUCUCUUUUCCCCAAAUCUUCAAUCUUAAGCUACCCUCUUCCCAAUUUCUUCUCUAAUUAACACUCUUCACAAUUCUCAAAAACCCAAAAAAAAAAAAAAAAAAAAAAAGAAAAAAAAAACUAAAACCCUUGAAAAAUCCAUCUUUUUUCUUCAUCUUCAACAAUGGCAUUGUUCAUGAAACUACCCAUUUGAAAAGUUUUGAUCUUUUUUUCUAUUUCCUCUAUAAUUUCCAAAAAAGGAAAAAAAACCAUUUUUUUUCAUAAUGGAUUGUAAAAUAACUGCAAAUUUCUUGCUAUUUUUGUUGGUAGUAACACUAAUUCCAACUGCAUUAUCAGAUCUUUCAUCAAGUAGAUCCGCACUAAUUUCUCUCUCCUCUGCAGUAGGUGGUCGGACAAUUUUAUGGAACACUACUUCUAAUUCCAACCCCUGUUCUUGGUCAGGUGUUCAAUGCAAAAACGACGCCGUAAUAGGCCUUCAUUUGCCGGGAUUUUCUCUCUCCGGUGAAAUUCCAACUGGGGUUUUCACAAAUUUAACAUCUCUCAAAACUCUCAGUCUUAGGUUUAAUGAAUUAUCUGGAAAUUUACCCUCUGAUUUGGGUUUAUGUUCUGAGUUGAGGAACAUUUAUUUGCAGGAUAAUAAAUUUGGGGGUGAAAUCCCUGAAUUUUUUUCUGGGUUAAAGAAUUUGGUUCGGCUUAAUUUGGCUAAUAAUAAUUUUAGUGGUGAAGUUCCUGGAAGUUUCAGGAAUUUGAGUAGGUUGAAGACUUUGUAUCUUCAAGAAAAUAAUUUGAGAGGGUUUAUGCCAGAAUUAAAGCUGGAUUUGGACCAAUUUAAUGUGUCUGGUAAUAAUUUAAAUGGGUCAAUCCCUGUUAGUCUUAGUUCAAUGCCUGUCACUGCUUUUCAGGGUAACAGAUUGUGUGGAAAGCCCCUUCAAAUUUGCCCUGGUCUUGCUGCAGGUACUGGUAUAUUGACUGGAGAACAAAAGAAGAAGAAGAAGGGAUUGUCGGGUGGGGCGAUUGCCGGGAUUGUGAUUGGAGCUGUGGUGGCAUUUGCUUUGAUUUUGAUGAUUAUAGUCUUUGUAUGUGGUAAGAAGAGGAAUAAGGAAAGCAAUGCAGUUGAUCUUGCAUCAAUCAAUAAGCAAUUGGGAUUCGAUAUUCCGGAGGAGGAGAAGCCUGCUGGGGACAUUGAGAAUGGUGGAUAUGGAGGAGGUGGGUAUUCAGUGCCGGCGGUUGCAGCAGCUGCAUUGGCAACCCCUGGACAUACGAAAGCAGAAGAGGUGAAUGGUGGAGGUGUAACUAAAAAGCUGGUGUUUUUCGGAAAUGGGAUUGGUGGGAAAAUGUUUGAUUUGGAGGAAUUGUUGAGAGCUUCUGCUGAAGUAUUGGGAAAAGGUACAUUUGGAACAGCUUACAAGGCGGUUAUGGAGAUGGGUACGGUGGUUGCUGUAAAAAGGUUGAAGGAUGUGAUUCUUGGAGAGGUAGAAUUCAAGGAGAAGAUAGAAGCUGUUGGGGCAAUGGAGCACGAGAAUUUGGUGCCUCUCAGAGCUUACUAUUACAGUAGGGAUGAGAAGCUUCUUGUCUUUGACUACAUGCCUACGGGAAGUUUAUCCGCAUUCUUGCAUGGAAACAAAGGGGCUGGUAGAACACCACUAAACUGGGAAUUGAGGUCAAGCAUUGCCCUUGGAGUCGCUCGUGGGAUUACUUACCUCCAUUCUAGAGGCUCGGAUGUCUCUCAUGGAAACAUCAAAUCAUCCAAUGUUCUCCUCACCAAAUCCUAUGAACCUCGUGUGUCUGAUUUCGGCCUAGCUCAGCUUGUGGGGCCAUCAUCCACUCCAACCCGUGUCAAUGGCUACCGUGCACCUGAAGUCACAGAGCCACGUAAAGUAUCCCAAAAGGCAGAUGUCUACAGCUUCGGAGUAUUACUCUUGGAACUCCUCACCGGCAAAGCACCAACACACGCUUUGUUAAACGAGGAAGGGGUUGAUCUCCCAAGAUGGGUACAAUCUGUUGUCAAGGAUGAUUGGGCUUCAGAGGUGUUCGAUCUCGAGCUCCUUAGAUACCAACACGCCGAGGAGGAGAUGGUUCAACUUUUGCAGCUCGCAGUAGACUGUGCAGCUCAGUACCCUGACACUCGCCCUUCAAUGCUAGAAGUAACAAAACGAAUUGAGGAACUAUGUAGCCCUAGCAUUAGGGAGGUUAGCGAUCCAGCCACAUUCAUCAACACAGAUUACGGAUCCCCUCGUUGAACCUCAAAGCACCCAAGAUCAGCCUGUCAAUGUGCGUAAGAUUCCGGACUCUUACCUUACAAAGAUUAACAAAAUUCAUGUCCACAACUGCUCAACUGGUCCCUUAUAUUUUCGAAUUUUUCCCUCGUGUAUUCGCUCGCUUUAUUUUAAUAUUUUUUGUAUGGGUUGGAGAGUGGGGUAGAGUUAAGUUAAUACUUGUGAAUGUGUUGUUAGAGGGAUCUUUUGGGUGGCUGUAAUUAUUAGUGAUUUAGUGUGGUUUUUUCUGUCUUCUGUUGGUGUACUGAAUGUGCUUUAACUUUACAGCAGAUUUGGAGCAUUUUCAUAUCUCUUUGUGUUGAGGUCGACAUCUUUAGUUUGCUUCGUCAUGCGGGUAUGUGUUAGUUGUAUUGCAUGCUCUUUCAAGUGUAAUUUGGUCCCACUUUCUCUCUAUUUUUGUUAUCAUUAUUGCUUAUCA